GUUCGUCGACGACUGCGGAGAGACGCGUAUCGUCAAUUAACUAAUUCGUUGUUACUUCGCGAUAAUUCAUAAUAGAAGAACAAUAAACUUUGAUUUAUCAAAUGUUAACGGUAAUUAUUCGCCUGUGUAAAAGUAGUGGUAAGGGUGAAGAGAAAAUAAAAUAAACAAUUAUUAAAUUAUAAAAUUAAAUAAGUUAAUGUUAGUGGCAUUUUAUCGAGUGAAACUGAUCUCGUUUUUUUUUUGUUACCGUUCUGCUACGUCCAAUGAACAAUAAAAUGAAAUGACGCCUGGAGGAUUCACCAGAGAAAUGCACGGGUAUUUUCACCUGAAUGACAUGAAUUAUUAAUGCGACCUCCGAGUGCAGAAAGAAACUGGCACACAACCCGGAGACCCCAAAACCUCCGAGUAAAUAAAAACCAAAAGGAACACCGGAAAAGCAUUCGAAUAGAGGGAUAAAAGUCAAGCCAGUGGAAUAUUUCACGUUGAACAGUAGACGAAGUUAAGAACACGAGGGGAGAGAAAAAAAGUAGUGGAGAGGAAAACCGUGUGUGGAAAAAGGAGUGGCCCCGAGCGGCCGUAAAAUCAACAGGUCUGUGUGUGUACUCCAUGAAAAGGCGCUGGGCGAAGUUAUAAUACUACCUCCACCCACCUCCCUCCAACGGUAUACGCAAGACGGAGAAGUCGGCGAGUAGAUUGCAAAAAGUGAAUGUUACCGGUGAUACGAAUUUUCAAAGAACUAAUCCAGUGAAAUAAGCAAAAAUCAACGAACAAAUAUCGCUGGUUAAUUAUCCACUAAAGGACAAUUCGAAGAUGUAGAGACAUAAAGUCUGCAAGAUGCUAGCUUGUGUUUAUCCGGCGGAGAGCUUCAAAACGAAAGCGGUUACAGUGAAGCUCAAACAUGGGGGUCGCUCCAAGAAGAAGACAAAGUUACUGUCGGUGAAGGAGAGACCUGGGAUCGCCAAGCUCGAGAUUCCAGUCACCCCUUUGAGGGACAAUGAGUUACCAGUGGGCGGGGGUGGGGCCGUGCUGGUGCUCAGCGAACUCGAGAGCAUGGCAGCUAGGCAACAGCGAGAGAUUGCUCAGCAGAGACGUCUCCUUGAACAACGAGAAGCCCGGCUGGCCGUGCUUCGGGGCGCCCAGGAACCAGCACAGCAAGAAAGACUCGCCAGACUGCGUCAUCGGCUUGAUCAACAGCAGAGCAAGCUCAAUAGGCUGAGAUUGCUCAGGUCACAGACUGAUCAAUCAAGGGCCAACAAUGCUACACUGACUUCAGAUCUAGACUGCAUAAGGGCCCUAUUCAAUGAAAAGGAGAAGGAACUCUCGCUGGCGGUGGCUAAAGUUGAAGAGCUAACACGACAACUGGAGGACUUACGUGGUCGACACAAUGCUAAUGGUGGUGGUGGACAAGUACCAUCGGCUGCUAGUGCUGAACUUGAAAAAUUACGCAGAGAGCUCAUGUACCGAAAUAAAAUGAAUGAACAGCAGAACCAGGUGGUAUCCCAACAACGGCUUGUACUGGCACAACGACAAGCGGAAAUGGCAUCAAUUGAUGCAAGGAUAGCCCAGCUGCAGGGAAGAUUACAGCGUAAACGAGCGCUGAAUCAGCGUCUACUCAGUCAGCAGUUGAACAAUCGUCCGUCUGGGCCAACAAAUAGCCCUGGAUUUGAGCCUCCAACUAAGCAGCAGGACUUUACGACUGCCCCGAAAUUACGUCCAGCGGGUAAUGUUGCUGCUAUUGAGCCAUACAGUCACAUACCAAAUGACAGUGACUUCAAUUUGAAUAAAAAUGAUCCGAAAUAUCAGACACUGCCGUACAAUACUAAAUUCACAGUGAAUCUCAAGCCCAUUGAGGACGAUGUUAAUAAAAAUAAUAUUCAGCAUAGUCAGAGUGCAUCGCAGAUUGGACAGAGAUCGACUUUGCAGCAGUUGGGACAUCAAAUUGCCCACAGCCAAUCUCAAUCUCAUAUUCAAGGUCAAUCGCAAUUGCUGGGACCAGGCCAGCCGCCGCAAUCUCCGCAGCAGCCGCAACAGCCGCAGCAAAACAGUCCCCAGUAUCCCACCUCCAACUUCCUCAUAAACUCAUCCAAUAACAACAAUAAUACCAACAACAACAACAACACCACCAACAACAAUAACAACAAUAAUAAUAACAAUCCCCCAUCAAAUUCGACGCCCUCAAAUUUCCUCCAAGAAUCUCAGCCCCAGCUGACAAGGCACCAGACCACGUCCAGCGUUCCCCAAAAGUCCCAGCAGAGUACAACGAACACUUCCUCCAAUCAGACCCCCCAAGACACCCGACAGUCCAUGACACAAGCCCACAAUCAUCGAAACCUCCAGAGCCACCAGAAACCAGUGUCCUCCGUGGCCCCAAGUUUUCCAGUGAAAUCGCCGAUUUAUCAAACAUCGUCGAUUAAAAUCAAUCCCGUAAUGCCCCAGACAUUGAGUUUAAUAGGUAGAGGUCACUCAGGCCCCCAGGGCUACACCGACCGGGUCAACCAACAAAACUCAAGUCCCCAGGGCCAACAACAGCAGUCUGUGACAGCAACAAAUGACAACUAUCCCUCGAGGCACCAGCAAGCCUACCAGGGACAAUUCAAUCAAAUCAAUCAGGGAUACAAAAAUUCCAAUUUCUCACAGCCACAAAAUUCGAUUAAUGCCAAUUAUCCGGGUUACGGAGCGGGUACCUACAAUCAGAUACAAAAUACCGAGUGUCAGAAUGAUAGGGUGAAGGCUGAUAAGUUCGAGAGUAAGCAUGAUAAUCAGAGAUUCGAGGUACCCACUAAAUUAGAGGCGAAUCACAAGUAUGAGCAUGGGGGAUUGGCGGCAACGCAUCAGUAUGGCAAGCACGAUCACUCGGGCUUGGGGAUGUUGAAGGGAGAUAAGGUGGACAAUGUGGGACAGAAGUAUGAGGGUAAUCAGGGUAAACACGAUCACGGGGUUAAGUUCGAUCCGCCGAUUAAGGGGGAGUCGAAGGGGUUCGAAGGGGAGAGGAAGGGGAAUUUUGGGGAGGGUAAGGACGACAAGACCAAGCCGGCGUUACCACCCAAACCUGUCAAACCGAAUCCACCGCCAAGGCUGAAUAACCAGGAUAAGGGUGAUGGCGGUGGGGAGACUGCGGGAGAUGCUAAAAUCAACGUCACUAGGUCUGAGAAGGAAGAGGAAGUGCCACCGAUUCCCACGAGCGAGCCUCCAGACUCGCCGAACGAGGCCCCAGUCACUGGCCACCAAAUAAUAAAAGCUCGCCCACUGACCUUGAAAAAAGCCCUCCUGUCGGAACAACCCCGACUUCGAUAUGCCAAAUCAAACGUUCACGUAUCGAUAAAUCGUAGAAUUGAAAUGCCACCGGCAUUUCUAUUCCCAGAGACUGAAAUACCCGCUGAUCUUAUGCAAACUGAUCAACAACAAAAUACCCCAGAUGUAACGGAUCAUAUAACUCUUAAGCAGAUUAAUCACAACGCCGACGACACCAAUUGCAACGAUAAAUUGGAAGAUUCCGAUAUUGUCGAUGCGCUGAAUGUCAUUAACAUCGAGGAUAAACUGAAAAAGGAGGUGAAGCACGAAGUCGAAGCUGAAGGCAAGGGGAGUGACGUGAUAAGGAGGAAAAAGGGCAAUUUAAAAUCCACAACGGGGAAAGCAAAUUUAUCGAGGCGGGUCUCUUUUGACCCACUCGCUCUACUGCUGGAUGCCAGCCUUGAGGGUGAACUUGAGCUCGUCAAGAAGACGGCCAAGGAAGUGGCCAACCCCAGCUCCGCCAAUGACGAGGGAAUAACAGCACUGCACAAUGCCAUUUGUGCUGGACAUCUGGAGAUUGUCAAGUUCCUGGUGGAGUUCGGCUGCGAUGUCAAUGCACAGGAUAGCGAUGGAUGGACACCUCUGCAUUGCGCAGCGAGCUGCAAUAAUCUCGCUAUGGUGAGAUUUCUCGUGGAACACGGUGCAUGCAUAUUCGCAACAACACUCUCUGAUCAUGAAACAGCGGCGGAGAAGUGCGAAGAGGAUGAGGAGGGAUUUGAUGGAUGCUCUGAGUACCUGUACAGUGUUCAAGAAAAGCUGGGCAUUAUGAACAAUGGACAGGUGUUUGCAGUGUUUGAUUAUGAUGCACAACAUAAUGACGAGCUGACAAUGAAAAAUGGCGAUCAGCUGGUUAUUCUGCGAAAGGGAGAUGACAAUGAACGAGAGUGGUGGUGGAGCAAGCUUGGGCACAGAGAGGGCUAUGUUCCAAGGAAUUUGUUGGGGCUGUAUCCAAGAGUACAACCAUCCAAGACAGACUAGAAGCUGACAUAUCUGCAUAAACAGAGGAAGAAAGAAAUUAAAAAGAAAAUGAGAACUUUUAUCACCACAGUAUUCAAUUUGCAGCUUUAUCUUAUUAGGUAUUCGUCAUAGUGUAUUUUUAAUGUUACAUAAAUAUUAUAUUAUUUAAAUCGUGCGUUAAAGUCGAAGUCAAAAUCCUGCAAUGUGUUUUGUAGAUGAAAAUAUUCUCUAUUUUAAUCUUCUUUCAAUCGACCGAUCAAAUUUACGCAUUUAUCACCUCUGCGGUACUUAAAUGUUUUAUUAACAAAUGAAAUUACACGAAGUAAUUGAUCUUUUUAGACAAUCGCCCAGUUUGUUUCACCUAAAUGUUUUAUGUUUAGAUGAAUUCAAAUUGUUAUUAUUUUUUAGUAAUUUUUAAUCCUCAAUUAUAUAUAUUUUCUUGUUAAUCUCGAAUUUUUCUCAAUGCAAUGGAGAUAAAGCACAGAAUUAUUCGGAUUUGAAGAAUAUUCAAUUUUCAUAAAUCUGUUUUCCAAGCUUGCCAAUAGAUAUUAUAAAUAUUGUAAAAUUUCAUGUUUUAAUUUUAGUCAGAUCGAUCGCCAAUGGUUUCAUCAAUAUUGAAGAAGGGAUAAAAUCAUAGAAAUAGAUGAAAUUAUAACCAUCGAUCAAACAGACUGUUUUUAAUUAAUGAGGGAUUUUUUUUUAAUAUGAGGCUCGAUCAAACGGUAUUUUAUGCCACUUUCAUUUGUAACGUAGUUUUUAGGUUGCAAGAAUGUGCACAGAGCGCUGCCUCGCCAAAAAAUGGAAGGAAUAAUUAUUGAAUGGAUAUUAAUUGUCCCAAAAAUAUUAAAAAAUGUGUGCCUUUAAACGUAAUAAUGACUAUGUAAGAUUGCACGGUAUAUUGAAAAUAAUAAAUUGUUUUUUUGAUA